UUUGAUCUCACUGUUUUCUCCCUUCCUCUCCGGCCUUGUAUAAAUACCCAUUAACUCACCCUGUAAAUAAUAAAUACACCAACAUCUCAUUAUAUAAUCUAUCAUAUCCUUCGGUAUCACCCUCUAUAUUCACUACUCUUCCUUAAAAAGUUGCACUUUGACAGAAGAUAUGGGUGGUUUCACUUUUGCACAGGUUCUCGUCCUGAUCAUUGCGACUGCUUCCAUGUUGGUAGUUAGUACUGCCAACAGAGGUGGCCCUCAUUGGCCUUUCAGAGGUCAUGAUCACCGCUUCCAUCAGCCAAAAUGUGAAGAUCAAGGUCCCAAGAAAAUCAUCGUAGGAGGGUCUGAGCAGUGGCGCUUCAACUUUACCUACACAGAUUGGGCUCUCAAAAAUGGCCCCUUCUUCAUUAAUGAUACUUUAGUUUUCAAGUAUGAUUCACGUCAUAGUGUAUACUUACUACCAGACCUUUGGAGCUUCUUGAACUGCGAUUUAAGCCGAGCGAAGUUGUUGGGGAAUGUGACACAAGGAGGUGGGAAGGGGUUUGAGUACGUGCUGCAAGAGUGGAAGCCUUACUACUUUGCUUGCGGUGAGCACGAUGGCAUUCAUUGCAAUCUUGGACAGAUGAAGUUCUUUGUGAUGCCAAUGCUCCGCUGCAUGGUAUAAAUAAAUUGAUAUAUAUAUAUAUAUAUAUAUAGAGAGAGAGAGAGAGAGAGAGAGAGAGAGAGAGAGAGAGAGAGAGAGAGAGUUGCCAUGGAAACAUAUAUUAUA